CUCCCGGCGCUGCCCUCCCCGCUCCCCCGGGGCUGUGGCCGCCGGCACCCCCCUGCCUUGACCCCGGCUGGGCCGCAGAGCCGCUGCUCCUGCUGGCCUCUCCCGCCGGCUCGGCGGGGGGAGGCUGUGCCGCACUUGGGAAAUGCAGCAGCGAUUCCUCCCUCCCUCCCUGCCCGGGGGGGUGAAGUGCGAGGCAGCGGGAGGAGCUGUGCGUGUGUGUGUGUGCGAGCAGCGCUCCGUGGCCGCCGUGUUUCCUGGUGCCUGCUCCCUGACCCCAGUGGCAGUCCCGCUCACUGCACCGCGCCCGCCCUCGCCGCCGCCCCGGACCCAGACCCGGACCCAGGCCGCCGCCGCCGGGCACCGCCGCGGGGUCGGGCGCAGGCUCUGCCCCGGCCGCGCCCCCGCAGCCCCAUGGAGCGGCCCCGCUGCCCGCGCUGAAGGCAUCCCCGACCCGCCCGCAGCGGCAGCCGGCGGAGGGAAGAGGUCCGUGGAGUUGAUGAGGUGCUGCUUAGAGUCGGGAGCCGCCGGGAACACAAUGUCCUACCCCGCUCCUGGCCUUGGGAAGUUGUGAGCUGCUCAUGUCCAUAAGGAGGAAGGAUGGCUCAUGGAAUUCCUUCACAAGGCAAAGUUACCAUAACGGUGGAUGAAUACAGCUCCAACCCAACGCAGGCGUUUACACACUACAACAUUAAUCAGAGCAGGUUCCAGCCUCCGCACGUGCAUAUGGUCGACCCUAUCCCAUAUGACACUCCAAAACCAGCGGGCCACACGCGAUUUGUCUGCGUCUCAGACACGCACUCCAGAACAGAUGGCAUCCAGAUGCCUUAUGGGGACAUCCUUCUCCACACGGGCGAUUUCACCGAACUGGGACUGCCCUCAGAGGUUAAGAAGUUUAAUGACUGGUUAGGAAACCUACCAUAUGAAUAUAAAAUAGUGAUUGCUGGGAAUCAUGAACUGACAUUUGAUAAGGAAUUCAUGGCAGACCUUGUUAAACAAGAUUACUACCGCUUUCCCUCUGUGUCCAAAUUGAAACCAGAGGACUUUGACAAUGUUCAGUCACUCCUGACAAAUAGUAUUUACUUACAAGAUUCAGAGGUAACUGUUAAAGGAUUCCGAAUAUACGGUGCCCCGUGGACACCAUGGUUUAAUGGAUGGGGCUUUAACCUACCCAGAGGUCAGUCUUUGCUAGACAAGUGGAACCUUAUUCCUGAGGGAAUUGAUAUACUAAUGACACAUGGACCUCCCCUUGGUUUUCGAGACUGGGUUCCAAAGGAGCUGCAGAGAGUGGGUUGUGUGGAACUGUUGAACACGGUGCAGAGGCGAGUAAGGCCCAAACUCCAUGUCUUCGGUGGGAUUCAUGAAGGUUACGGCAUCAUGACAGACGGUUACACAACGUACAUCAAUGCUUCAACGUGUACAGUCAGCUUUCAACCAACCAACCCUCCAAUUAUAUUUGACCUUCCAACCCCUCAAGGAUCAUGAAGCACUACUGCACAUUUGGAACUGGGGAAGGUCUAUAAACUGCCAUUUUCUAAUUAUAAAACUUACAUUCUGUUCCAUGUUUAUUUCUAAAUUGAGGGUGGGUGAGUGAGAAUUUGGGGAAACUGGGGGGGUUUUGUUUUCGGGUGGGGUUUGGGGUUUUGGGGUUUAUUUUGUUGGGUUUUGUUUUUAUUUUUUGUAAAUUGCUGGUAUAAAAAAACCGAGAAGUUAGAGGUUGUGCUUUUUGGAAAUGCAGCGUUCAUUUUAAAUUGAUAAAGCAUUGUGAAUUUGUAAAAUGAAUUUUGUUUUUUUCAAUAAAUUUGCCAUUGUAAAUUGUUAUAGUGUUCUCAAAAGGACAGCCAAGCUUUCUUUUAAUAAGUGAGAGACCUUAUUUUAAUAUUAUAUUAUAAGCUAAAAAUAGGCAGCAUUUAAAAACACCCAAAUUUGCACAACUUAUGUUAUUGUCGGGGUUUUUUAAGUGUCUUCUUUUUCCCUAGGUCUAAAUGUUAGCUUUUCAUCUCCAUUUAUAUCAAUUUUUUUUAGUAGCACAAACAAUAUUUUGGGGUCCAUUUACCUCUUGAUAUGUGACUUGUUUCUGUUGACAGUAGAAUGCAGCAAGGGGAAAAUAGACUUCUCAGCUGUUUGUCUCUACCUGCUUUAUACGUUAAAGACUGAUAUAGAUAGCCACAGCCUGUAUGUGAUAUCUACCUUUUAUUGUUUGUUUUUAAAUUAUUUUAGCUUUAAAAGACUGGGAGUGAAAGCUGCAAAGAGCAGGUAUUUCAUGCAGUAAAAAAAAAAAUGUAAAUGCGGACUCCUUUUAAAUAUGAAUUUAUAUAUAUAUGUAUUUUUUGUGCAUUAUAACUAAGCUAGGAUUUAAUAUUGCCAGUAUAGCAUCUGCAAAAUUAUGCUGUACAGCACAUCUAAAUUAUGAAGGAUGUGACACAUUUUCGAAGUGCUCAAGGCCUUCAAGAGCCCGAGUUAAAUCUUUGUCGUAGUUCAGGCAUGUAUAGACUCAAAUGGAUACAAUCAAGCCUAACUAAAAUAAGGCUUAGUUGUCCUUUAUAUUUAAAUAUUCUUCUUGUCUUUUUAUUUCCUUUUUCUUAUUUUGCACUGUGUGUAAAUGCAAUCUCGCUAGCACAAAAUAUUGUUGCAGAUAGUUAUUUCUGUUCUACCACUGUAAAUGCUAUUGAGCUUUGUUCUGUUUUAUGUUACCUUGUUAAUGGAAUUUAGAAAAGCAGUUGUUUCUUUAAAUUUAUUGUGAUAUUAUAUCUAGCGGCCUUUAUAUGCAAAUAAAAUUGCAAG